AUGACCCCAAAUAGUAAUGAAGGUGGCCUGUCAGACUUGGGCAUCGAGCUAGUAUCGCAAAGUACCUUGGAAAACCAAAUCGAGCACAGUGCUCAAAAUGCAAUAGAUAAACAAACGCUAGAUCAAGAACUCCAAAGGUUGGAAAGGAGCCAAAAUGCUUUAGAGAAGCUUCUUACCAGGCAGAAGUUGCUGCAGCGCAAGCUGACCAGCGCUACACGAAUAAGCGCUAGGAGUACAUUACAAGAACAAAUCCAGGAACUUCUCACUAGCCAAAUUCGGCCUCAGCAGCGAGACAUCUCUGAUAUAAAGCGACGGCUCGCUGCGUUGUCUAAGACGAAGCACGAGGAUAGAUCAGCAUACGACCCUACCGGUAGGCGGCCUGAGGAAUCAGAGCAAGAAUACCUCAUUCGAAUUGGCGAGAAAACUGCCUUUGGCACUCAUUCAACAUUCGUUAUGGAAGCAGACGCUGGAUCUGAGGGGCCAAUCGCAGACAGUGAACACGAAGUAGGCACUGACCACGAUGACUACAAACACGCUGAUGAUUGCGAUGAUAACGAUGGUGGCUCUGAUACUGGAUAUUCUUCGUCACCCUCCAGUGAUCUCGAAAUAGCCGAUGGUAUCGGAUCAAGAAAAAAGAUCCAAGGUGCAACUGCGAAUUUCACGGACGACGGUGAUGAGCUACAUUAUCAGAGAAGACUCAAAAGAUGGACACGUAUAAGGGGUCAACGUAGGCAGAAUGAACGUAAUCAGGAGCUCGAUGAAUACCGCAAACCGCAUCCUGACUUCCCCGAUGCUAAACUCAAUGAUAACCUCAAAAUACCAGGAGAGAUUUUCACACUCUUAUUCAAUUAUCAGAAAACAUGUGUCCAAUGGCUCUAUGAAUUGCAUCAGCAGCAGUGUGGUGGGAUUAUAGGCGAUGAAAUGGGUUUGGGUAAAACAAUCCAAGUUAUUGCCUUCCUAGCCUCUUUGCAUCAUUCAGGUAAACUAGACGGGCCCAUUCUGAUAGUCUGCCCAGCAACAGUUCUACGUCAAUGGUGCAAGGAGUUUCAUAAAUGGUGGCCGGCCUUUAGGACCGUAAUUUUACAUGCCAUAGGAUCAGGUAUGAACCAAAAGGAGACUCUUAGUGAAGAGAAACUCGAAGAGCUGGUCAUGAACUCAAAUCCAGAUGAGAUCUCUUUCGAAGCAUAUAAAAAUGACAAGAAAACCAAGAGUAGUAUGGAAAGUGGAAUAGCUCGCAAUGCUUUGAUAGAUCGGGUCGUGAAUAGUGGCCACGUCCUGAUAACUACUUAUGUGGGCCUCAGGGUGCAUGCCGACCGCUUGCUCAACGUUAACUGGGGAUAUGCCGUUUUGGACGAAGGGCACAAAAUUCGCAACCCAGAUGCUGACAUCUCGUUGACUUGCAAACAUCUUAAAACCAAGCAUCGAAUCAUUUUGUCUGGUACUCCUAUUCAAAAUAAUUUGACAGAGCUCUGGAGUCUGUUUGAUUUCAUAUACCCAGGCCGACUGGGCACGUUGCCGGUUUUCCAGCAGCAAUUCGCAACUCCAAUUAAUAUGGGAGGCUAUGCCAAUGCAACUAAUGUACAGGUCCAAACAGGCUACAAAUGUGCAAUCGCUUUGAGAAAUCUAAUAUCUCCUUAUCUGCUACGGCGGAUAAAGGCAGACGUUGCAAAGGAUCUACCGAAGAAAGACGAGAUGGUUCUUUUUUGUAAAUUAACCAAAUUCCAACGGGACAAAUAUUUGCAGUUUCUGAACUCAGAAGAACUCGUUAAGAUCAAAAACGGUAAAUGGCAAGCACUAUACGGAAUUGAUAUUUUAAGGAAAAUAUGCAAUCAUCCGGACAUGUUAGACAGGGAUAGGCUACAAUUUGAUGUUUCCUAUGGAGACCCUAAACGCUCAGGUAAAAUGCAGGUUGUAAAACAAUUAUUGAAACUCUGGAGCAGUCAAAAUUUCAAAACCUUGCUGUUCACACAAACGCGCCAAAUGCUGGACAUUUUGGAAAAGUUUCUUGCCAAUGACCCUGAUCUUUUAGAUUUAAAUUAUCUGCGGAUGGAUGGUACGACGAAUAUCGGAUCGCGUCAAGGGCUUGUGGACUCUUUCAAUAAUGGGCCUUAUAAUGUUUUUUUACUGACUACUAGAGUUGGUGGCCUAGGGGUCAACUUAACUGGUGCUAAUAGAAUUAUAAUAUUCGACCCAGACUGGAACCCAUCAACUGACAUGCAGGCUCGUGAAAGAGCUUGGAGAAUUGGACAGAAAAAAGAAGUUACGAUCUAUAGACUUAUGAUUGCAGGAUCUAUUGAAGAGAAGAUUUAUCACAGGCAGAUAUUCAAGCAAUUUCUAACGAACAAAAUACUCACAGACCCGAAACAAAAGCGAUUCUUCAAAAUGAACGAACUGCAUGAUUUGUUUACCUUAGGUGGCGAUUCUGGAUUAUCGAAUGAAAAGCUGGAAGACGAGGUUGGUAGAGAAACAGAAAAUAUCAAGAAGUCGAGGACCAAAGAAAGCGAUGAUUUUGAAGAGGUAGUGCAAUUAUCCGGUGUUUCGAAGCUCGAGGGUUAUUUUAGUGGAAAGGACAAAGAGCAAAAAGGAAAGAAUGAAGAGGAGCGUCUGAUGGAAGGACUUUUUGGAGGCAGUAUCGAAGGUGCCCAGAGUCAUGGAUCCGUCAUGAAUAAUCAUGCAACACCUUCUAAAGAUAUAAUCACGAAAGAAGCAGAAAAAGUGGCAAAAGAGGCUGUAGCUGCGCUAAGAAAAUCAAGAUCCACCACAAAAAGUUUCGAUGUAGGGACGCCAACCUGGACAGGUAAGUUCGGAACUGCGGGCAAAGUACGAAAAAAGAAAGCAGGGGCAAUUUCCAUAGGAUCAGCUGCCAUACUCUCCAAUAUUCGUCAAAAUAGUGAGACACAUCAAAAUCGAGGUGAAUCAACUAAAAGCUCGCAAGGCUCUGCACUUAUUGAGCAAAUUAGAUCAUACCUAUCUGGACAGCCUGGCAGUGCGGCGAAAUCGGCCGAAAUUAUCGAAAAAGUGGGAAUCAAGUUAUCAGACAAAAAUGAUGUAAUCAAGGUAAGGGCGUUAGUAAAACAAAUUGCGACUUUCAAACGAGCAGAUGGCCAAUGGCAUCUAAAUGAGGAAUUCGACGCGGACUAA